ACAUCACCUUCUAUGUGUCUCAUCUGCUUCCUCCUGCAGCACAACACAAAGCAUCAUAAUUAUAAUAAAUACAUUAUUAAAAGAUCAUCAUGAUCAUGAAGGUGGAUUUUGAGGAGUGUCUGAAAGACUCGCCCCGUUUCCGGGCUGCUGUAGAAGACGUUGAGGGAGAUGUUGGGGAGCUGGAGUCUAAACUGGACAAGUUAGUGAAGCUGAGUAUUGGGAUGAUUGAUGCCGGUCGAGUUUACAGUCACGCUAACAGACAGUUCAUUAGCGGGAUCAGAGAUUUAGCACUGCAGUCCAGCAGAGAUGACGUCAUCGGGUCCAGUUUAGCUGCGUUUGCUGAGACACUGCAGGAGAUGAACAACUACCACACAAUCUUAUUUGACCAGGCCCAGCGAUCAGUGCGAUCUCAGCUUCAGACCUUCGUGAAGGAGGAUCUGAGGAAGUUUAAGGAGGUGAAGAAACAGUUUGAUAAAGCGAGUGAGGAGAAGGACGUGGCACUGGUAAAAAACGCUCAGGUUCCCCGGAACAAACCUCACGAAGUGGACGAGGCCACCAACACCCUCACCACCACCCGGAAGUGCUUCCGGCACAUCGCCCUCGACUACGUCCUGCAGAUCAAUGUUCUUCAGUCCAAGAAGAGACUGGAGCUUCUCAAAUCGAUGCUUUCGUUCAUGAACUCCAAUCUGAGCUUCUUCCAGCAGGGAUACACACUGUUCAGUGAUCUAGAGCCACUGAUGAAGCAGCUCGGGGACAGUUGGAUCAGCUGGUCAUCGACUCAGCAAAGGAGAAAAGAGACAUGGAGCAAAAACACUCAGCCAUCCAGCAGCAGGCUGCACUACAGGACUUGUCCUCUGAGGACUGUGGGCUGCAGGUCAGUGUGGACUGUGAGGAUGGAGUUACUCUCACACAUUACACACACACACACACCUGUAAUACUGCUCCAGUACUCACACACACCUCACACACACCCCACACAUGAUGAGUUGUAUGAUGUGUCCUGCAGGAGUUUAGGAGUUCAUAACUCUAAGGUGAGAUCACUGACACUCGACUCGUGGGAACCAGAACUGCUGAAGCUGAUGUGUGAGCUGGGUAAUGAGUUAAUUAAUCAGAUCUAUGAGGCUCGAAGAGGAGAGCUGUGCUGGAGGAAACCUCAGCCUGGAGACUCCAGGCAGGAAAUUGAGGCCUACAUAAGGGCCAAGUAUGUGGAGAGGAGGUUCGUGCGCAAGCAGGACUCACAAGAACAAAGGUCAAAGGUCAUGAUGCUGAGUAAACAUGACAAACAUCUGAAGGGCAGUGUUGAGUUCCUGCCCCCUCGGCCGCCUCCUCCCACCCCAAGAAUCCACCCCUCCUCCAAAAGCUCAGCGCCCCUCAGUGGCCAGGAGGCUCGGCGUGACUCGCUGUUCUGCCCGGAUGAGCUCGAUUCCCUCUUUUCCUACUUUGACACGUCGUCAAAGCUCCGGAGCCUGAAGAGUGCAGACAGUGGCAUUCACACCAGCACUGAUGGAAGCAGAGAAAUGCUCAAUUCUUCAUCCAACACCAGCCUGAGUGAACCAGACGUGCAGGAGGCGGAGCCUGUGCAUGAGUCUCCGCCCCUUCCUCCCUGUGUGGUGGAGUGUUCCCCCAGCCUGCUGCUGUACUGGGCAUCGUGUGCCUCCAGUUUGAGCGACAUGGUGGAGGCACUGGCCCUGGGCGCAGACGUUAACUGGGCACACGGCGAGGAUCAGAGGCGUACAGCGCUGAUGCAGGCAGUGCAGGGGGGUUCAUUACUUCCCUGUGAGUUCCUCCUGCAAAACUCGGCUAAUGUGGAUCAGCAGGAUGCUCGAGGAAGAGGAGCUCUUCACCAUGCUGCCAUGCUAGGACACACUGGACAAGUGUGUUUGUUCCUGAAACGUGGAGCGUCUCACAGUGCCUCAGACAUGGAAGGCAGGAGUCCACUGUCUAUCGCAAUGGAUACCACCAAUGCAGACAUCGUCACCAUUCUGCGCAUGGCGAAGGUGAACGAGGAGAUGAGGGAGUCACUGGAUCAGCCAACUCCGAGCUUUUAUUCUCACAGUCACUCCGAGCAGUACCGGAAAUGCAUCCAGGAGUUUAUCGCCCAGCAGCUGGAUAUGUGCUAACACAUCUAUACAACCUACACAGCAACCGACACAGCUGGAUAUGUGCUAACACAUCUAUACAACCUACACAGCAACCGACACAGCUGGAUAUGUGCUAACACACAUCUAUACAACCUACACAGCAACCGACACAGCUGGAUAUGUGCUAACACACCUCUAUACAACCUACAGAGCAACCGACACAGCUGGAUAUGUGCUAACACACCUCUAUACAACCUACAGAGCAACCGACACAGCUGGAUAUGUGCUAACAAACAUCUAUACAACCUACACAGCAACCGACACAGCUGGAUAUGUGCUAACACAACUCUAUACAACCUACACAGCAACCGACACAGCUGGAUAUGUGCUAACACACCUCUAUACAACCUACACAGCAACCGACACAGCUGGAUAUGUGCUAACACACAUCUAUACAACCUACACAGCAACCGACACAGCUGGAUAUGUGCUAUAACACACCUCUAUACAACCUACAGAGCAACCGACACAGCUGGAUAUGUUCUAACACACAUCUAUACAACCUACACAGCAACGACACAGCUGGAUAUGCGCUAACACACAUCUAUACAACCUACACAGCAACCGACACAGCUGGAUAUGUGCUAACACAUCUAUACAACCUACACAGCAACCGACACAGCUGGAUAUGUGCUAACACACCUCUAUACAACCUACACAGCAACCGACACAGCUGGAUAUGCGCUAACACAACUCUAUACAACCUACAGAGCAACCGACACAGCUGGAUAUGUGCUAACACACCUCUAUACAACCUACAGAGCAACCGACACAGCUGGAUAUGUGCUAACACAACUCUAUACAA